AUGUUCUUGCAACAAAGUUAUGUAUCAAACUUAAGACCAAACUGUCUCAUCUUGCACAAGCCAUGUCUUCAUGGCAUUGGCAGAAACCAAACAUGUUUUAAGGUUGGGUCUUCAAGGCCAAUAUUGACAAAACAAAAGAAUCAUAGCAAGUUUAGAAAAAAUGGGUGCAACAAAAUCAAAGCUGUGGCUACGAGUGAAGAAGCAAUAGAACAGAAAACAGUAAAAGUAAAAGCUACAGUAACGGUUCAACCAACAGUUGGAGGACUUUUCAAAGAAUUGGGUGAAAAAGGGUAUGAUGACAUCAAGGAUUUACUGGGUAAAUCAAUUCUCUUGGAGUUUGCUAGCGUUGAGCUAGAUCCAGAGACAAAUCUGGAGAAGGAAAGGAUCAAAGGUUACGUCCACUUGACCCAUCGAUCAGCAGAAGAGAUUAAGUAUGAAGCUGAUUUUGAUGUACCAGCAACUUUUGGUGAGAUUGGUGCUGUUCUUGUGGAAAAUGAGCAUAAAAGAGAAUCAUUCAUGAAGGAAAUUGUUCUUGAUGGCUUUCUCACUGGUCCUAUUAGAUUUUCUUGUGAUUCUUGGGUUCAUUCCAAGUUCGAUAACCCUGAUUUGAGGGUUUUUUUCUCGACCAAGUCAUAUUUGCCAUCUGAAACACCGGAAGGAUUGAAGAGGUUAAGAGAUGCCGAACUGAUAACUUUGCGAGGCAAUGGACAAGGCGAACGCAAGGCUUUCGAACGUAUAUACGAUUACGACUUGUAUAAUGACCUCGGGAAUCCAGACAAGGAUCCUGAUCUCAAGAGACCUGUUCUUGGUGGGAAAGAACAACCGUACCCGAGACGUUGUAGAACCGGAAGACCUCGUUGCACUACAGAUCCGUUGUCAGAGAAACCAAGUGACAAUGUCUAUGUUCCACGAGACGAAAGCUUCUCGGAAGUAAAGCAAGUUACAUUUUCUGUAAAUACCUUAAAAUCGGGUCUCCACGCGCUUGUGCCUGUUCUGAGAACAUCUGUAAUUGACAAAGAUCUUGGAUUCCCUAUUUUCUCAGCCAUAGAUGAUCUUUUCAAUGAAGGAUUUAACUUGCCUCCUCAACAACAAAAGGAUUUAAAGACUCUUUUGCCAAGGUUGGUCAAGCUUGUUCAAGAUAUCAGAAAUGAUAUUCUUCGUUUUGAAACUCCGGCUACGAUGGACAAGGACAGAUUCUUCUGGUUUCGAGACGAAGAAUUUGGAAGACAAACUAUAGCUGGUCUUAAUCCUUGUUGCAUACAACUGGUUACGGAAUGGCCAUUGAAAAGCAAGCUUGACCCUAAUGUUUAUGGUCCUGCGGAAUCGGCGAUAACCACUGAUAUAGUUGAGAAACAAAUCAGAGGAUUCACUACUGUGGAAGAUGCUAUUAAACAGAAGAAGUUGUUUGUUUUGGACUACUAUGAUUUUUUCAUGCCAUUAGUAGAGGAAGUUAGAAAACUUGAAGGAACAACAUUGUAUGGAUCAAGGACACUGUUCUACCUGAAUGAGGACGGCACGUUGAGGUCAUUGGCGAUUGAGCUAGCUCGACCGGCGAUAGGUAAAAAGCCAUUCUGGAGGCAAGUGUUCACACCUUCUUGGCACUCAACUGAAGUUUGGCUAUGGAGGCUUGCAAAAGCUCAUGUCCUUGCUCAUGAUGCUGGCUACCACCAACUUGUUAGUCACUGGUUGAGAACUCAUUGCUGUACAGAACCUUACAUCAUAGCAACAAACAGACAACUGAGUGCAAUGCAUCCAAUCUACAGAUUAUUACUUCCACAUUUUAGAUACACAAUGGAAAUCAAUGCGCUUGCACGCGAAGCACUGAUAAACGCGGAUGGAGUAAUAGAGAGUAGUUUCACUCCCAAACAACUUUCUAUCUUGGUAAGUUCAAUAGCCUAUGAUAAACACUGGCAAUUUGACUUACAAGCGCUUCCCAAUGAUCUAGUCCACAGAGGAUUGGCAGAAAAAGAUCCAAAUGCCCCUCAUGGUUUGAAAUUGGUCAUAGAAGAUUACCCUUAUGCAAAUGAUGGCCUUGUUCUUUGGGAUGCUAUCAAAUCUUGGGUUACUGAUUAUGUCAACCACUACUACAACAAUGAUUCAAGCACUGUUGUGUCAGAUAAAGAAUUACAAGCAUGGUGGGAAGAGAUUAGAACUGUUGGUCAUGGUGACAAGAAAGAUGAACCUUGGUGGCCUAAUUUGAAAACAAAUGAAGAUCUUAUUGAAAUAGUGACGACCAUUGUUUGGAUAACAUCAGGGCAUCACGCGGCAGUGAACUUUGGUCAGUACACUUACGCGGGCUAUUUUCCUAAUAGACCGGCCAUUGCGAGAAACAACAUGCCUACAGAAGAUCCUUCUGAUCAAGAAUUGGAACUUUUCUACGAUAAACCAGAAGUAACAUUGUUGAAGUGUUUCCCUUCGCAACUUCAAGCUAUGACGGUGAUGACCGUGUUGGAUAUUUUGUCUAGUCAUUCGCCGGAUGAGGAGUAUCUUGGACAGACGGUUGAGCCAUCUUGGGAAGAGGAGCCAAUGAUUAAAGCUGCUUUUGAAAAGUUCCAAGGGAGGUUGAUGGAGCUUGAAGGUAUAGUUGAUGAGAGGAAUGCUGAUAAGAAUCUGAGGAAUAGGAAUGGUGCUGGGAUUUUGCCUUAUGAGCUUUUGAAACCAACUUCAGAGGCUGGUGUAACAGGAAAGGGUGUUCCAUAUAGUAUCUCUAUUUGA